AUGAAGAUAUUAUUAUUAUUAUUAUUAUUAUUAUUAUUAUUAUUAUUAUUAUUAUUAUUAUUAUUAUUAUUAUUAUUAUUAUUAUUAUUAUUAUUAUUAUUAUUAUUAUUAUUUAACAAUAUUAUUAAGCAGAGAGAAAAUAAGUCGAUGAGACUCCAUCAGAAAAGGUUGUUGGCAGUCAUCGGUUCCGUAUUAAGAAAAUACGCAUCGCCAAACCCCGCGAUGAUUUACCUCUUUGUGUAUUUGAUUCUGCAUUUCUUAUCUUCCAUUUACCUGCUCACCCAAUGUGGCGGCAAAAAGAAAAAUGAUCAAAAUAAGGACAAGAAAGGCGCAACUCCAACACCCGCACCCCCAGCAGCACCAGCGAAACCAGCUGAAGAAAAGUCGAAACCUGCAGCAGAAGAGAAAAAGGACGAAGGAAAACAGGAAGCAUCGAAACCUGCGGAUACGAAGAGUGCUGAGAAACCAAAGGAUGACAAAAAGAAGGAAGAGGCUGAAAAGAAGGAGGGUGAGGAUAAGAAGCAGGAAGAGCUUAAACUGGAUCCUACCCCGCCAUCUGGUGAUGAUGAGAAGAAAGAACCACCAAAAGAGCCAGCGGCCUCUAAGUCAACCAUGGGAAAACCUGAUGAUCAAAUAAAGUUGAGUGCAAGUAGCCUGGUUUGGGAAGACAAAGAAGCUCAGCAGGUUCUCAAAGUAACCAACAACUCCGAGAAGAAGCAGGCUCUCAAGAUUAAGUGUUCCAACAACGAAACGUUUAAAGUGAAUCCAGUGUUCGCCAUGAUAGAACCUAGCAAAACUCUUGAUGUGGUUGUGACUCGCAAAAACGGUCCACUGAAGUCCGAGAAACUUCUAAUACUCACGACUCCUUACGAUGGAGCCGACGCUGAGAAAGCAUACGAGGACAAGGAACUCAUCCCUGCUUGUGCGCCUAUUCCGCUGGUCCCUAAGAGUUAA